AUGGAUCAGUGGGGUAUGAAGGUGGAUAAUGGAGACAGCAACCUACAACAAACAAAACCCAAGGUACCUAGUCAAAACAAUCUUAAGUCUCAGGACUCUCCCAUAUUCUUCCUCCAAGAACAUCCUCCUGUAAACCCAUCUUUACCCAUCUUCGUUCUAUCUCAUCCGCAUCAACUCACAAAUUCGACUCUAGAGACCGCGUCGGUUCACAAGCCACUCGAAAGAAGCAUGGAUCUCUUGGAACGGAACAAAACAACGGCUAAUGAGGCUAUAAAACUUGAGGACGCCGAGAACCAUCCUCUGCGCAAAGAUAAGCAGCAUUCGGAACGGUAUUUCAAACUCCUCGAAGCCCGACGCCAGCUUCCAGUCUCUUCCAAGAGACAGGAAUUUCUUGACGUUUACCACAGCGCCAAGUUCGUCUUUUGGGAUGAGUACGCCAGCAAGAAGGGCAUCAUCUGCACGCUGCCAAAACGGCUCGCUGCAUCAUCUGCAGCUCAGCGAGUUGCGGAUGAGAUGGACGUGAAGCUGGGCGAAGAGGUCGGAUAUUCCGUCCGUCUCGACAACCGCACCUCGAAGCAAACUCGUCUCGCUUACGCCACAGAUGGGAUACUUCUCCACGAGGCAAAAUCAGAUCCCAUGGUCUCAAACUACGCUUGUGUCAUCCUCGACGAAGCACACGAGCGUACCCUCAACACAGACAUCUUGUUGGCGCUCUUGAAGAAGGCUCUACUUGUCCGUGAUGACCUCAAGGUCAUCAUCAUGCUUCCACUCUCGAGACUGACAAUCGAGAUCGGAUACCUCGAAAAUGCAUCUAAGGACUAUCUCUCCAUUGCCCUUCACACUGCCAAAUGGAUCCACGAGUCAGAGAAAGAAGGUGACAUUCUGGUUUUUCUCUCGACAGCAUAUGACUGCGAGGAGGGCUGCGCAAAGCUGCGCAAAGCUACGUCCGAUCUAGAUGCGAGCAUCCUCAUUGAGGGUGUUGUUUACGUGUUUGAUACUGGCCUGGCAAUUCAGCCCGGAUUCAAUCCUCGAGUGGGAUGUGAUACCCUGAGAAACAGAACUAUAUCCAAAGCAUCAGCGCAGCAGCGUGCUGGGCGCGCUGGUCGCUCCAGCCCAGGGACCUGUUAUCGCAUGUACACGAAGAAGGACUUCGACGAGAUCUUUCUCCCUUCAACAUCACCCGCUAUCCUUCAAAGUGACCUGUCAGAAAUGGUGCUGCUGCUCAAAGCUCUAGGCUUUCACGAUGUCGCAAACUUCGACUUUGUUGUCCCUCCCCAUCCGGAACCCGCCUUCCGUGCGUUUGAGGAUCUCUUUUGGAUGGGCUACCUGGCUGAAGGUGGCUCAAUCACGAUCAAAGGCAAGAUGGCCGCAAAGCUGACAAUCCACCCGGCUUGGUAUAACGCAUUCGCCGAGUCGGUGAGCCUGGGAUGUAGCGAUGAGAUGAUCACAAUCGCUGCACUAGAGAACACCCAGCAGUCCAUGUUUCUUCGCCCACAGCCGUUUCGUUAUACGGCGGACCUGGCUCACCAACGCUUCUCUUGUCCAGUGUCGGACCAGAUGAGCCUCAUGAAUGCAUUUCAUUCUUACGUCAGAACCAAAAAUCAGUUCCAGGCUCUUAUGAGCAAGGCCGCCGCUGAUAAGGCUGUGAACGAAUGGUGUGCGCACGCAUUCCUCAACCGAAGUGUUCUGGAGGAGGCGGUCAGACUACGAAAGCAACUGAAACAAUCCUUCACGAGCCUUUUCGAUCAGGAACCUACCGUUUCGGACUUCACAAGUCCCGACUACGAUGUCAACAUCCGCAAAGCACUGGCUCGCGCGUUCUUCUACCGUUCCGCCAUUCGUGACCCGGGUGGCACAGACUGGACUGUCCAUGGCAACUGGCCAGCUGGCCUCCAUCCUGAUAGCAGCCUCGUCGGAAUUAACCAUGAAUGGGUAGUCUAUGGUGGGUUGUCUUACAGCGCCUAUCAAUACCUGUCUUCAGUCACAGCUGUUGAUCCGGAAUGGUUGAUCGAUCUCGACUUUUUCCAAGACGCUAAUAUGGCGAAGAAAGGAGACGGGAGGCUGAAGAAGCCACAAGUCUUUUACUCGCUCGCCAGUGCCCGUGAAGCCCGCGAAGCUCGUGAAGCUCAAAAGGACAACACUCCUGCUUAA